AUGGGGACUGUUAAAGCGUGCAGGGUUUGCUUACAGAUGGAUGUUAACCUUUGCAAAUUUCGAUCAAGUUCUUUAGAUGAAUACUAUAAAAUACUAACUGGAAUAAAUGUUGAGCCACAAACAUACCUUAAACUCCCAAUGUAUGCUUGUUAUGAGUGCGGUAAAUUACUGCUAAAGUUUUAUAACUUUCGUCAAAAAUGUUUGAGAGCCUUGAGAGUAUUACAGGAAAUUCUUCACUAUAGUAAAAUGAUAACAAGAGAUGGUAUUCUAGGCGUAGACAGAGACAGUAUUCUUUUAAAGUCAACUUUAGGUGUGUCUAAAAAUGUAUGUAACAUAGACAUAAAUCCAGAAAAUGAAAAUUCUCAUACUGAUAAUGAGCAAAGCCAGACAUAUCCUAAUAUUCCAAUGGAUAAUUUGUUCUUUGACAUGGAUCCAUUUGACACUGGCCCUGAUAAUGAUUGGCCAAGUGAUGAUGAUAAAGGUGAAAUUAAGAGUUUAGAGGCUGUCAUCAAUCAAGAUAAAGCAGUUCAAUCUGUUGACUUAAAGGAAACCAAAGCUAACCGUAAGAGAAAAUCCUCAUUAAAAAAACCAGAGAAAAUCAUAAAAAAGGAAAAACCAAUGGUAUCAGUAUCCAAGAAACAUAAAAUAAGAAUAAGAAAGGGCAAAGGUUUUAUAACACCAGAGGAUAUUAACCUACCGAAGGAUGCAGAUUUAGAAUUUGAUGAUAAUUUCACAGUGGCAGAGACAACAAAAGAAGAGCAAAUAGAAGAAAUAAAGAAACGCCAAGAGUCCGAACGAUACCGUAAAGCAGAGUUCAAGUGUGAGUUGUGUUACAAGUGUUUCAGUAAUGACAAGCUCUGGCAGAUGCAUAAGGAAAGACAUGAUGAGUCGUCAGGUGUUGUGUCAUGUGAAGUGUGCAGACUGAGGUUUCCUAGUCGACCGGCUUUGAAGAGGCAUAUGUACUCUGUUCAUAGCAAGAAAUUCCUAUGCAAACAAUGUCCCUUCACCGCUGCUACUUUUAAUCGGGCAAAACAGCACAUGUUGCAGCAUAAGGGAGUCAAAUACAAAUGUCCGCACUGCGAUGAAGUAACAAAUAACUUAAAUGCGAUGUUGGGUCAUGUCCGUAAAAGGCACGCGUCAGACAUAUUGUGUCGUUUCUGCGGUCUACCUUUUGUGUCGCGGAUGGGACUCAUACGACAUAAGGCGCUCAUGCAUAAAGACCGAGAUGAGAAGACAGAGAUAGACGACAAUGCCGAAGCACCGCACUGUGCAGAUUGCGACAUGAAGUUCGCGAAUAAAGAAGCCUUCAAACGACAUCACCUAACGGCGCGGAAACAUAAGGAGGCUUCAAAAAAUACGAUCGGCUGUCGCGAGUGCGGUGAGAUUUUCUCCAGUGCGAAGGCUCGACGCGAACACAGCAGUACCAUGCAUAAACGCACGCACAUAUCUAAGACUACGCCUGCAGCUUGGCCCGAUAAAUGUCCCCUGUGUUCAGAGGUGAUAACGAGCGCUCGAUCGUUGUGGGCGCAUUUUCGAAUGAAUCAUCCGUACGAGGACUACCCUCGCGAGCGUCCGUUUAUUUGCGACGUUUGCGGAGUGCGUAUGCGGUAUAAGAAGGGUCUCGAAGCGCACAUGAUCACCCACUUGGACGAGAAGCCGUUCAAGUGCAAAUACUGCGCGAAGGGGUUCAAUAGCGCGGGCAACUGCGCCACGCACGAGAGUUCCGUGCAUUCGGAGCUUCGCCCGCACGUCUGCACAGUAUGUAACCGCGCUUUCAAGAAAAAGAACACGCUGCGUUGUCACUUUAUGACGCACACAGGUGAGAAGCCUUACCGCUGCGAGAUCUGUGGUCAUGCGUUCACGCAAUCCAACAGCUGCAAGAGUCACAUACGAAAGGUGCAUGGAGAACAGCCACCGAAAAUCGUUUCCAGAAAUAAUUACUCUCACUGA